CCGGCAUGGACACCCGCCUGCUCUGCCUGCUCCUUGCAGCCUGCGCGGCCGUCCUGCCGCUGGACCUCCGCCGCUGCCCGCCUCAGCACUGUUACGACGAGCUGGUCGCUCCCCUUUACUCCUCUUCCAUCGGUGCCUCCUCUCGUUACAACAUCUUCUACUCGUCCAGCUUUGCCCGGCUGCACAGCAGCAGUGGCUGGUCUCCAGACCCCAGCGACAAGCAGCCCUGGCUCCAGAUCGACCUGAUGCAGAAGCACAAGAUCAAUGCGGUGGCCACACAGGGGACAUACAACACGUAUGACUGGGUGACGCAUUACAUCGUGCUGUACGGGGACCACCCCAGCAGCUGGAAGCCCUUCUUCCAGCUGGGGAGUAACUGGACAUUCUUUGGGAACGUGAACGAGAGCGGGGUGGUGCGCCAUGACCUGCACUACCCCAUCCUGGCUCGCUACAUCCGCAUCAUCCCCAGGGCCUGGAACCCGCGAGGCAAGAUCGGCCUGCGCCUGGGCCUCUAUGGCUGCCCCUACUGGUCUGAUGUGCUGUACUUCGAUGGGGACGAUGCCAUCUCCUACCGCUUCCGCGGGAAAACUGUCCGCACUUCCCAGGAUGUCUUCACCUUCAGCUUCAAGACGAUGGAGCGGGAGGGGCUGCUGAUGCACGGUGAGGGCUCCCAGGGGGACUACAUCACCGUGGAGCUGAAACAGGCCCAGCUGGUGCUGCACAUCAGCUUAGGUAGCAGCCCGCUGUACUCCAGUCAGGGACACACGACGGUGACGGUGGGAAGCCUCCUUGAUGACCAGCACUGGCACUCUCUGCGCAUUGACCGCCAUGGUCACCACGUCAACCUGAGCCUGGACGGGGAGGUCAAACGCUUCCGUUGCAAUGGGGACUUCCAGCAGCUGGACCUGGACACCGAGCUGUUCUUCGGCGGUGUGAUCAGUCAAAAGAAUCAGAGCCUGGUCUAUCGACAGAACUUCCGGGGAUGCAUGGAGAACAUCUUCUUCAACAGGGUCAACAUCGCCGACCUGGCCCGCAGGAGAGCGUCCAACAUCCGCUUCGAGGGCCACGUCAGCCACUACUGCCAGGACCAGCCCUACAUGCCCAUCACCUUCGCUGGCAUCAACAACUACCUGCAGGUGCCAGGCAUCCCACGCCGAAACCGCUUGUCUGUCAGCUUCAAGUUCCGCUCCUGGGACACGGUGGGGCUGCUGCUCUACACCAGCUUCGCCGAGCACCUGGGCUCCCUGGAGAUGGUGCUGAGCAAUGGCCAGGUCAACGUCUCCAUUGCCCAGUCUGGCCGCAAGAAGCUGGAGUUCGCUGCAGGGUACCGGCUGAACGACGGCUUCUGGCACAUGGUGGAGCUGGUGGCACGGGACGGCUCGGCUGUGAUCACCAUCGACGACAAUGACGGGGCCGAGUUCCGGGUGGCCCACCCCUUCCAGCUGCGCACCGGGACCCAGUACUUCUUUGGAGGCUGCCCCAAACCCGCCGCCAUCACCGGCUGCCUGUCGAACCAGACGGCCUUCCAUGGCUGCCUGCAGAGCAUCAGCGUUGAUGCCCAGCCCGUGGAGCUGGACCUGCUGAGGCAGGAGCGGCUGGGGAAAUACUCCAACGUAUUCUUCAAUAUGUGCAGCAUAACCGACAGGUGCACCCCCAAUCUGUGCGAGCACGGCGGCCGCUGCCUGCAGUCCUGGGAUGACUUCACCUGCGUCUGCGACCUGACGGGAUACAAGGGAGAGACCUGCCACAAAUCCCUUUACAAAGAGUCGUGUGACGCGUAUCGGCUCAGUGGGAAAACAUCUGGGAACUUCACCAUUGACCCUGACGGCAGUGGGCCUCUCAAACCCUUUACCGUCUACUGCGACAUCCGAGAGGAUCGGGCAUGGACCAUCGUCCGGCACAACCGGCACUACGCCACGCGGGUGAGGGGCUCCAGCGUGGACCGGCCCUUCCUGGGCGCUGUGGAGUACUGGAACGCCUCGUGGGCGGAGGUGGCGGCCCUGGCCAACGGCUCCGAGUACUGCGAGCAGCACCUGGAAUUCUCCUGCUACAGCUCCCGCCUGCUCAACACCCCCUACGGGCCACCCGUCAGCUUCUGGAUGGGCCGCCACGACCAGCGCCAUUACUACUGGGGGGGCUCCCCGCCGGGCGUCCAGCGCUGCGCCUGCGGCCUGGACAAGAACUGCGUCGACCCCAAGUACUUCUGCAAUUGUGACGCUGACCAUGCCCAGUGGAGGACGGACAAGGGGCUGCUGAACUUCGUGGACCACCUGCCCGUCACCCAGGUCGUGGUGGGAGACACCAACCGCUCCCAGUCCGAGGCCCAGUUCCUGCUGGGGCCGCUGCGCUGCUACGGAGACCGGAACACCUGGAACACCGUCUCCUUCAACAAAGGCGCCUCCCUCGUGUUCCCCACCUUCCUGGCCAACCACAGCCUGGACAUUUCCUUCUACUUCCGAACCACCGCCCUCUCCGGGGUCUUCCUGGAGAACUGGGGCUGCAGGAACUACAUCCGCAUCGAGCUCAACACCACCAGAGACGUGGUGUUCGCGUACGACAUUGGGAACGGGGACGAGAACCUGACGGUGAGAUCCCCUGUCCCCUUCAGCGAUGACGAGUGGCACCAGGUGAAGGCCGAGAUCAACGUGAAGCUGGCGCGGCUGCGGGUGGACAAGAUGCCCUGGGUGGUGCGGCUGGCCCCACCCCAGAGCUACGUCCGGCUGGAGUUCGACAGGCCCCUCUACGUGGGCUCGGCCGAGCACCGGCUGCACCCCUUCCUGGGCUGCCUGCGGGCGCUGCGCGUGAACGGGCAGACGCUGAACCUGGAGGGCAAGGCCAACGAGACGGAGGGCGUGCGGGUGAACUGCACCGGCUACUGCCAGUACCCGCGGGUGCCCUGCCUGAACAGCGGGCUCUGUGUGGAGCGCUACAGCCACUACACGUGCAACUGCAGCCUCUCUGCCUUCGACGGGCCCUUCUGCAACCGCGACAUUGGUGCCUACUUCGAGCCGGGCACCUGGGUUCGCUACAACAUCCUGCCGGCUGAGCUCUCGGCCGCCCGUGCGUUUGCCAGCAUCCUGAGCCAGCCGCUGCCGGGCUACAACCUGACCAGCGAGGAGCUCAGCUUCAGCUUCCGCACCAGCACUGCGCCUGCCGUCCUGCUCUAUGUCAGCUCCUUCCGCCGGGACUACGUGGCUGUGCUCAUCCGGGAGGACGGGAGCCUGCAGCUGCGCUACCAGCUGGGCACCAGCCCCUACGUCUUCCCGCUGACCACUGCGCCCGUGACGGACGGGAGGCCCCAUCGCAUCAACAUCACCCGCAUCAACCGUACACUCUACACCCAGGUGGAUUAUUUCCCCGUCACGGAACAGCAGUUCUCCUUGUUCGUGGACAGGAAGCUGGACUCGCCCAAGAACCUGUACCUGGGGCGCGUGAUGGAGACAGGCAUGAUUGACCCCGAGAUCCAGAAGUACAACACGCCCGGCUUCUCGGGCUGCCUAUCAGGGGUGAAGUUCAACAGCAUCCUGCCCUUCAAAGCCAUCUUUCGCCCCAGCGGCAGGCCGGCGCCCUACCGCAUCAAGGGGGAGCUGGUGGAGUCCAACUGCGCCUCCAUGCCCCGCAGCAUCAUGGACAUCCCCCCCGAAAUGGACCCCUGGUACCUGGGCACAGAGUUCCCCCAUGUGCACGACGAUGGCUGGCUCGGGAUCAUCACUGGCUUUGUGACCUUCUUGCUCCUGCUCCUGGCCGGGCUGCUGCUGCUGCUGUAUCUCCACCACCACCGCUACAAGGGCUCAUACCUCACCAACGAGCCCAAGGCCGUCCAGGACUACCACGGCCCCGGGAAGCCCCGUCCCACACAAGGACCAGAACCUGCCCCAGAUCCUGGAGGAGGCGAAAGGCGAAUAGCCGCCGGCUGCAGGGGAAGGAAGGGGUUAAUGCCUCAAACGCUGGCACCUCCUGUGCGGUGCUGGGAGGGGAACGAGUGCUGCCGGACCAAAGGGGCCAAGCAACCCAGAACUGCCAGAACCCAGCUCCCGCUGGGGCGUCUGCUCCUUCCCCCCUCCACUGCAGCUCCCCUGCCCAUGGGCAGGGCCCACGUCUUCCUCCUGGAAUUACACUGAGCCGAGCACUGGCACAGUCACAAGCCCCCUGCACUGCACACCGAGCGGAAGGUAGGGGCCACGCAGAACAACCCCCAGCCCCAAUCCCCCUGGAACCAGCUGGUGCAAUCGCUCCUGCCCCCAUGGACUCCUGUCAGGUGAGAUGGGCCUACCCGGAGAUGCCAUCUCAGCCCAAGCCCGGGGAGUGGGGCACGUCUGGUGGCUGCCAACCCACCUCCCCUAUAAACCCCGCAGCGGCCCCUUGGAGGAGACAUGGGCCUUCCGCGGGGCCGGUUAGCAGUGCUAGCAGCUAGAUUUCCUGCUUGUUUGCUCGCUUAGCCAAAGCCAUGAAGUGACCCAUGUACUACAGAGCACUGGAACACGGCCCGGAGCGUGCCCUGCACCCCGGCUGCCCCUGCAAUGGCUCGCUCGUGCACGCCCCCUCCCCCCGCACUCGCUGCUCUCAUACAACCAGGUAAAGAUCGUUGGAGUCUUUCUACCAUUUUCGCUGCUGACCGGUUGAUUACACACACACGGUUUUUUAUUCUCUCCGUUUGUAUAAAAAAACAAGAAGAAACCAGAGCGGCUGCUCCGGGUGAGUGCGGCCUGGGGCACAGGCUGUCGGGUGCUACCUCUCUGCAACAGGGGCAAGCCCUGCUGAGACCAGCCGGCCCCAGGACCGCCCCGUUCACGUGCUGCAGCGGGACAGACAUGCAUUGAGUGACCCAAAAGCCCGGCUUUGCUGGGUGUUUUAUUUUACAGCUGUUUUGUUGACUGACACAUGAGGAUGUGCAAAUAAAGGCAGAAUGACAGAGUUCAACACCCCCAGCCUCGGGUUUGCUUGUGCAGCAGGAGAAGGGGGUUUCCCUGCCUAGGGACGCUGUGCUGGCAGUGAAACAGGCCCCUUUGCCAGUGUCCUACUGUGGGUGGUAGAGCCGGAGCAUAGGAGGGACAGGGUGGUGGGAUCAGAGCUGGGCCCAGAAGCAGCCUGGGGGGCCAGAGAGUGGGGCAGGUGUAGGUCACACAGCUCCUUCCUUGAACCAAGGAAAGCUCAGAGCAAGGUCCAGGGGGCCCCAUGCAGGAGCCUCCCCCUCCCAGCCUCUGCGGGUGGCGACUCACUAGGCUGGAGUGUGGAUGAGCUGAAAUGCCCGGCAAAGCGACGCUGUGCAGGGCGAGCACUCGUCCCCUUCCCCGUGCCUGCUGGUCACUAGUCACUGGAGCGCCAACUACGGCCCUGCCCCUGCCCCCGUGGGCACAGCAGGGAUCCCCAGGGCCAGAUGUAACUGAACUGGGCCAGCCACUCAGACCAAGACGCCUGUUCUGUGCCCAUCUCUAGCACCAGGCAAUGCUGGAGUCACCAUGCCCCCACGCUCCUGCUGUUAGCCCCGUCAGGCCUGCUCCGAGCUUGCAGGUGGGACCAGAACAAUACUGCAGCCAGGUGUCCAUGUGCAGCAGGGCACCUCCAGGGCAGGGGCAGUUCUCAGCAGGGCCAAGCUAAGGAUCGUAAUGGCCACUCACCGCUCCUCUGAACUGCUCUGGUGCAUCCAGGCCCCAGUGCAGCAGGGCGAGCUCCCACUCGGGCUGGGGUAAGAACGGAUGCUGGCAGCCAGGCCGGGGAGGACAUUCGCUACCACUUUAUUAGGACAAAGAUUACAAGCCACAUCAGUUUUAAAGUGCAUAUAAUUCACGGCAGCAGACCACAGACACAAAGCCUCUCACUGCGCAGACAGCCAAGCUCAGGGGGCAAGUCACUGGAUGGGGAGGGUGGUAUGGUGCCAGAGAGGGAUGGGUCACUCAGUCAGACAAGGGGGCCCAAGCGCACACACCCCUGCCAGCCUCAGGGAGGGAGAUCGGCCUAACCACCCGGGGGGGGGGGG